AUGCAGCGCUACGUCGUCCGGCGACAGAGCUCGCUUGCAGCUGCCAAGAGAAUAUUGGCCCAAGCCGAAGACGAGCCCGAACUAGAGCACAAGAAGCCGGCGGCGAAGCAGCCCAAGACGCGUCAGGUCACGACACAGCCAUCACCACCGCGAACCGACGCGUCAGAGGAGGACUUCAACCCGGGCGCUGAGCCGGAUGACGACGGCCAUGAGAUCGUUGAGCCCCAGCCAAAACGGCGCAAGGUCGAAAAGGCCAAGAAGCCCACCAAAUCCGAAGCCGCAAAGCUUCACGCAUCUUUACUCGGCCCUUCAGGGGAGCUGACCGAGAAGGACGCCUGCCCUCCGCCGUCAAGAACACACGCAGUCUCGUACCACCGACCGCUUCUUCUGGACGUAUCAAGCGGUAGAGACGGACGGGAUUCCCUCCUGGCAUGGUUCGACUCCAUCAGCACCACCCGCGGCAUGCCCUGGCGCAAAGCCUGGAUCGACCCGGCCUCCAUCCCGGACCCUUCGGAGCUCCGCGCCGCGCUCGAGAGGCGCGCUUACGAGGUCUGGAUCAGCGAGAUCAUGCUGCAGCAGACCCGCGUCGCCGUCGUCAUCGACUACUGGAACAAGUGGAUGGCGCGGUGGCCCACGAUCCAGGACCUCGCGGCCGCGGACCCGGAGGACGUGCUGAGCGCGUGGCGCGGGCUGGGGUACUACUCCCGCGCGACGCGGAUCCACGAGGCUGCGAAGCUUGUCGUUGCCGAUGAGAAGUUCGAGGGCUUGAUGCCGGCGGACACGGCGGAGCUGGAGGCCAAGGUUCCCGGCGUGGGGAGGUAUACCGCCGGCGCGAUCUCGGCCAUCGUGUUCGGGCGGGCGGCGCCGAUGGUUGAUGGGAAUGUGUUGAGGGUGUUGAGUCGGCAAUUGGGUGUUUUUGGAAACGUGAAGACGGACAAGAUGGUCAUUGAUCUCUUGUGGGCUGCGGCGGACGCGCUUGUCAAAGCUGUUGCGAGGGAUGCUGAUGGGAUUGACGAGACCAAGCCUCCGACGAGCGAUCGGCCCGGCCGGUGGGGGCAGGCGUUGAUGGAGCUGGGAAGCACCGUCUGCACGCCAAAGCCGAACUGCGGCGAAUGUCCCAUCACGGCGACAUGUCGCGCUUACGCCGAGGGGCUCCUUCUAGCUACAAGGUCGAAGAAGGCGCCCAAGGUGGAGGACAUCGAAGAUCUUUGCUCGAUAUGCGAACCGUUCGAGGAGGAGGCAGACGAAGGCGUCGCGUCUGGCGAGGACUCCGACGCUGCCCCGAAGAAACCGGUCAAGGCGACCAAAGGAAAGAAGUCUGCUCCCGGACCGAAACAGGCUACCCUUUCAGCAUUCUUCACGUCGAAGAGCGCAGCGAAGGUCGAAGAUUCUCCGAAAACGCAGGCGGUAGAUGCCAAGACAUUGGAAGUCAUUGCCAACCACGCCAGGAAGUUCCCGCUCAAGGUCGUCAAGAAGGCAGUCCGAGAGGAAGAAGCCCUCGUGUGCGCGAUCCGGCGCCCUGACGGACGUCUCUUGAUCCAUCGACGCCCCGAAAAGGGUCUUCUCGCGGGACUAUGGGAGCUACCCAGCCAUACCCUGCCAGCCGGCUCAAGCAAUACUGCAGCAUCACGAAAGAAAGAUGCGCAGGCUUAUGUGUCGGGUCUGGUCAGUGGUGGUGGAAAGCCGAAGCUGCGGCAUGCUGGAGAGCUGGGUAGUGUGCCCUGGCUCUUUUCGCACCUCAAGCUGACGAUGCAUGUUCACCUAUUUGAAGCGGAUGGAUCGGAUGAUUUCGUCUCGUCGCAUGCCCGGCACAAAUGGGCUACGGUUGAAGAGAUGGAGGACGAGUCGAUGGGCACGGGGAUGAGGAAGUGUUGGGCGUUGGUCAAGGAGAGAGUGGAUGAAUAG